AAGUUGUCAGCACUUGACUCGGCGGCUGGCCGCGCGCCGUCCGACUUCGUAGUAGUCGUUGUCGUUCGUCCGCCAGCACCGUAAUCAACUCUUAUCGCGAUCGCGUGUCGUAUAGCAAAUACUAUAAAUUCCAACUAAAUAUUCGAAAUAAACAUGAGACCCCGUCGAGUCUCUCUAAUAUCUUGACAUAUAAGCGCUGAUAUUAUUUAUAAAUUGGCAAAAAUGUUACACUGGAUUCAAGUUCUUCGAGGUGUUUAAGAUAAAUCUCUCGUCGUUUACGAUCUUGGCGUUUUCGUCAGAGAGACUUUAAACCCCGUGGUCACUUUCCGCCGUCAAGAUUAAUAAUAAUAUGCAACGAUGUGGUUUCUGCUCAAUGUUGUCUGGGCUGCUGAGGAGGGCGAUGUGUGUCGGCAGCAGAAGAGGUAGCAGUGAAUCAUACUACCGUGAGCUGGGCGACCAAGACACGCUGAAAAUCGAAGAUAAAUCUUCAGACCUCUCAGACGAUGCUGAGGAAGAAACCAGUCUUUGCCAUGGAAGUCGCGGGACGCCGCGGGCUAGCCCCCGGUCUUCGCCGAGGGCGAGCCCGCGGACGUCUCCCCGAUCGUCUCGGCGAUCGUCCCCACGGAUGUCUCGGCGGACGUCCCCGCGGACUUCCCCUUGGAUGUCCCGGCGGGCGUCCCCGAAGACUUCUCCCCGAUCAUCCCGACGAACCUCACCACGCUCCUCCCCACGGACCUCGUCGCGGACGUCCCCACGGCCAUCCCGGCAAUAUCCACAAUCGAACAUACAACCGGACCCGCCGGUAGAGAAGUUCCCGGAGCUCAACAAUAUGAAGCAAAAGAACAUGUCUGCGGGCAGAUUUCUAACCAUGCAUAAGAGACGGAAGAAAAAAUUACUCACACGAUCUCUGUACACCGAAAAAGCUUUACUCGACGACCUAUCGCUCGGCCAAGUGCAAUGCAUCUUGAAUCAAUCAGUACAAUGGAAAUUUAACGCGUUUAUUCUUGAGAAUGUGUCAGGAGGGAGAUGCUUGCCCGUGCUGUGCGUGCAUCUCUUCCAGAUGUACGGACUCCUGUCCUAUUUCAAACUCGACGCGGCAAAAGCAUGGAAACUGUUCAGCCUAAUCGAAGAAGGAUACCACAGCAGCAACCCCUACCACAACUCAGUUCACGCAGCAGACGUGACACAGGCAAUGCAUUGCUUCCUCCAACAAGAACGGAUACGCGACCACCUGACACCACUAGAGAUAUUGGCAUCUCUGCUGGCAGCGAUCGCCCAUGACAUGGACCAUCCCGGCGUUAACCAGCCGUUCCUGAUAGCAACGUCGAACCACCUCGCGACGUUAUACAGGAAUACAUCGGUCCUGGAAAAUCACCACUGGCGGUCAGCAAUGAGCUGCCUCAUUGAAAGCGGUAUCCUGGACUGCUUGCAUGCCAGCCCGGGGCUUCGCACUAAGCUGGAGAAUCAGAUCAGUUCGUUGAUCUUAGCCACCGAUAUUACCCGCCAACAAGAGUACCUGAACCACUUUAAGAAUCAUCUCGACAUGAACACCCUGGAUAUGACAAAGAGUGAGCACCGUCACCUGGUGCUGCAGAUUGCACUCAAGUGCGCUGACAUCUCCAACCCGUGCCGGCCGUGGGAGAUCAGCAGAAAGUGGAGCCUCAAAGUGUGUGAAGAGUUCUUCAGACAGGGCGACUACGAGAGGAAGCUCAACCUGCCAGUCACGGCACUUUGUGACAGGCACACCACCUCCAUACCUAAGAUUCAGACAGGUUUCUUCAAAUUCGUAGUAACACCGCUUAUAAGCGAAUGGCACAGGUUCUUACAAAAUGACCUGUCCUCUCAAAUGCUUCGUAACCUGCAGUUCAAUCAAAAUAAAUGGGAAACCUUAGUUCUCCAGGAGCAAGCUGAAGAGACCCGUACCGAAAUAUCCGAUGCGGAUGUUGUGGAUGAAGACUCGCAUUCGGAUACCAAUAUCUCAGACAGCUCCGAGCUACUUCUGCCGCCGCGGCGAAGGCGCUCCCUCAACCCCGCCAGGCAGGGCGCAUUGAAAGAACAGUUCCGACGGUUCUCAGUACCCUUGAACGUAUUCCAAGAUAGUAAAUUCAAGAACAGGGAUAAGAACCGCGCGUCAUCGUUAGCAGAGUCGCGUAGCCGCGGUAACGGCAGCCCGUCCACCAGCGAGCAGUCCAUACACUCGCAGCUAAGCGUGCGCGGCCACUGCGAACCCGCACAGGAGCCCGCCGAGAAGGUCCUCAGCUCAGAGAAACUUUUGCCUGAUUCGUCGAUAGCUUCUAUCACCACGCCCGGCGAGGCUUCACGCCUCAACAAUGUGAUCAAAGAAGGAGGCUCUUGGAAACUGGUCCGGCAGCAAACCUUCCCUCCUUUAGAGUCAACAUCGCGUGAAAACGCACUCGCGGCGCGACCGUUGCACACGAGUAAUGAAGAUUCCGUUUGGUUAUCGCGUUUCAGACCAGACCUCCUGAAACUUGAUCCGGGAGCAGGCUGUUCAAAGGAUGAUAAAUAUAGCCAAUUAGUCGUGAGAGACUUAAAAAAGACUGAGAGUGAAGCCAGUUCCUCUGCAAAUGGGGAAUUGCCAUCAACUUCGCGUAGCUUAGAGAAAGAAAACUCCGAACCGAAGCAAAGCAGAAGACAUUCAAGCGCGGUAGGCAGUCAACUGCGCGACAACUUGACGUCGAUGCCAUUGCCCCUCGAUUCAAAUGCACAGCUGCAGCGCCGAAGGAAAUCAGUGCCUACGGAGAGUUCCGUGUUAAGUCCCAAAGAGGUGAAAGUUCGUGAGUCGCCGACUCUACUGCCGCAGUUACUUCGGCGCACCUUCUCAAACAAGGAGUCGUGGACAAGGCGGCGAGGUUCAGCUCCGUCUCCCGUGGCCCCCUCAGAGCUGCGAGGACUGGCAUCCCUCGGGUCAUUGCGACACAGCGUGAACGGAGGCCGAAGGAAACCAAGCCCCAUAGCGACUUGCCAACAGUGGCUCGCCAAAGCAACGUACGGGGUUCAUGAGCGCACACUCCAACAGUUCCCUCGCAGGAGUUCACUGCCCGUUGAGGUGAUGACAGGUAUAUCAACCCACUGAUUCCGGCGACAAUACAUAGUAUUUGCUUGAGCCCGGAGAGGCUCAAAAUCAAGAUUCAUUCAAAGACGCUGAUUCAGAACCAACUAACAACAAUUAUGACGCGGACGAUGAAGACAUCGACGACGACAGUUCGAUCGACGAUGACUACACCAGUCAGUUCCACGAGAAUAUGGUUCAUGAAUAUUUAGACGCUCGCAACAACGAACAUUUAGGUGAUGACGACGACACUGAUAUACUUAUUGAUCUACCCUUCACGUCUCGUCAUCGUGCUUCUUCUAUAUAAACUUUGAAUCCUAUCCUCUCCCCAAUGUGUACCUAUGUAAAUAGCUCUAUCACUAAUGUUAACUAUGACCGUAAAGUGUAUCUAACUGACGGUGUUUGUAUAUGUGUGACAUAAAGUUUCGUUUCUAAUCCUCGACGGUCAUUAAGAUUCACUCCGCCUCUUCACCGUUCUGCGUAGUGAUUGAACUUGCACUUUGAAUGCAGUUCGCGUUCUAUGUAUUCUAGUACUGAAAUUAUUGUAAUUAGUGUCUAUACGCUUAGUUAAUCGCUUAUAAUAAGUCUCAGAUGUCAAUAAGAUAUGUGAUUAUCAUACAUAAACAAAUGGUAUUUAGUGAAUUAACAUACCUGUAAAAGUAGACACUUUCAAUUUAAUGUCUUAUAGCUCAAAAUAUGCGGUUUUCGUUUCUUAUACACUUUAAAGCUAAUUAGUAAGGACAUCUUACAGUUAUCGAAGAUGUCAGUACACUAGGACACAUUUAUAUAAAAUAGUACCCGUUAUACACAUUUGAAUUAAAUAGUGAAAUGAUAAGGCAUUCAAUAAAUCGUGUUGCAGAUUAACUUUAAAAUAUAUUAUUUAUCUUUACAGUACAAACAGUUUCAUCAAAAUCAAUUAUUUUUUAAAUUUUAAGUUUAGUUAAUUUGAAAUAAAUGAAAUUGCGUUCAAUAGUGUAAAAUAUUUUCGUCUCAUAGGUUAACCAUCAAGUUUUAUUGUAAGUUUUAACAGAAUUUAUAUUUCGCCUAAUUUAUAAAUAGUUUUUUAAAAGUACAUACAUUUGAUGAUACCAAAAAAUAUGCUUAACCUAUUUGAAAUGUGAAAUCUUGCACAAUGAAGGGCUAGAGUCUCAUAAUCAGUAACUUUUAAUGUUUCGAAAGUUAAAUAGUCAUAGUGUAUAAGUACUUAGUAGUUUUUAAGACGGAAGGUGGUAGUCGCUCUUUUUGAGUGUGACACGGUGGGUAAGAAAUAAUGUGGUUAAAGAAAAGUUCAGUAUUAUGUACAAACAGCAUUGGGGCCGUUUCUGUUGAUCGCCACAACUAAAAACUGAAUCUUUUGUAAAAUAUUUCCAAUAAAAUGUUGUCUUUUCUGGAUGCAAAUUUUAAAAAGAGUUAUUCAAAAUCGAAUAACUUUUACUUAGAUGAUAUACUGUCUUUUCUGGAUGCAAAUUUAAUAAAAAUCGAUUUGAGAAUAACUUUUACUUAGAUAUAAUAUAUGACAUACAAAAAGCGAGCAACAGAAACGAGCGAGGUGUGGACAAUUCAUGAAAAUAAUUCACAAAAGUAUUCAAUAAUUUGUUGUACUGUUGAUUUGUAUAUUUGUGUUUUAAAUGUAUUAUUGUUAAGACAAAUUUAGAUUUAAUUUUAACAUGGAUUUUAUUUCUUUGGAAUAAUUUUUAGAAGUUUUUUUUUAUGUUUAGGUUUAUUUAUUCCAAAGAUCUUUCAGGGUUGUCCACGCGUAUUGCUGACCGUGCCAUUCCUGUCACAAUCGGGCCUGUAACCACUCACAAUACAACUACAACAUAUUAUGUGGAUACAAUUAUUUUAAAAUAAUUAAAUUCGUUAAUCACUUGAAUUCAACGAUCCUUUAAAAUAUUUCUUCUAUAGUUUAUUAUAGUGUUAAUGUACAAACUUAAGUUUAAUGAUGAACGAUGUAUAAAGGUAUCAUAAUAUAUAUAUACAUAGCGGCCGGCCCGCACUGCUUGAGGUCACACUAGAGGUCAAAUUGCUUAAAGCAAAUUUGGAACUUGGACUUGAUAUGAAGCGACGGCUGAGGUAACUAGACAGCACUAAAGUUAUCAGUUAUUAUUGAAAAACUGCGCUUUCACACCCCAUAGCAAAUCCGAGCGUAUAAAAUCAGUCGCGUGUUUUUUGAAGAAAAUCCGCUAGUGUGAAAGCGAUGAAAGCAGCAGCAAGAUUAAAAAUAACAGGAAAUGUCAUAAUCUAGAAUCACCGCUUUUAGCUGAGCCGUCGUCGCUUACUUUGAAACAAAUUGAUGUCGGCGCUGGUUCGUUGACGGACUUGCAAUGCUCCUAAGAGUAUUCAGUCCUAGGAUUUACGAUUGGAAAGUAUUGUAGUUAAAAACAAGACUUGUUCGGCACCCUAAAAAUAUGGGGUCGGAUAUCACAUCAAUUGGACUUUAGUCGAUAUGAGAUUUUAAAAUUGUGAGCCUAGCUCGCGAACAAUAUUUUUGUAAACCUGUCUAAGGUCUCAAUGUGGUUUUGGAGUUAUUAAAUAUUACUCUUAAUUUAUUAAGCAGUAUAGUUUCUAUACAAAAGGCAUGAUAUGGAGGUAGUGCCGUUCCCUACAAGGGAUCUAAUUGUGGAGGUUACGACUAAGGUGGUUUUUUUAAUGUCAUAGUGACCUCUAGUGUCCAAGAGCACUGUUGUUGAAAGAUUCCUUUUAAACAGUGUUUCAUUAAAUGUUUAUUUAUUAAGUGGCCGUAUUGUAACAGCUUCUACCAUCGGUAAUGUGUAUGAUAUGCCAGGGCAAGAACAUUUCUGUACAGUGGUUGACAUCCAGAGUGGACUCACUUUGAUUGACAAGACAGAGUGAACUGUAUAGUUAUCCUCUACAUAAACAUCACAACAUAGUUUCCUCACUUCAACGUAAUCGUUAGUUGUAAGAUCUUAGCGUUAAUAAUUGAAACGAUCUUAUUUUGUAUAGUUUACUGCCACGCCCGCUGGGACACGUUUGCACAAUAAUAUUACAUAGUAAAUAGUGUAGAAGUACUUACAGAAAUGAGUACAAUAGCGUCGAUGUUCAAUUUUAGCACAAGUCACAAGUAUAUUAAGUAGGUGUUCAUUACUGUUAUCUUUGUCUGACCACAAUAUUUUAAAUACCCAAGCGUGUCCACAGCGGCUAUAUUUCGGAUCUUGUUUCUCAAUGUCUAAGUACCUUUUAGUAAAUAGUAUGAAAAAAUAUGUGCUCAAGUAACAUCAUUAGUAUUAUUCAGGAGGGACUUUUCCUUCGAACUGUUAAAUGCACAACUCUAAAUUAUGUACUAUAUUGCCUCAAGAAAGUCUGCUGGUCUUUCAGCAGACGUAGGACAUUAAUUAAUGACUAGUCUUGUAGGUAUCUGUCGUAAUAGGUUGGUACAUGUUGAAAUCGGGCUCAAUCUUCUAGGUAUUAUAUGUUUACUCUCUAUACGUUUAUAGGACAUCAAUGUUAAUAAAACCUUUAUAAAGUAGUGUCAGUGUUCAAAUAAUUAAUAUUCUUAGUGACAAGAUUGUAUAAUUGGUUACUUGUAAUGUGGUCGUCCAUUUCAUGACGUUGGUAUACAUAAAAUGAAAAGUACCCGCCACUUAGCGACUAAAUUGACAUAUAAUAAUCUGCAGAGACAACAGCGGCAAUAUUUACAAAUAGUGCCAAGCUUCAUUGAAUAACUUUUACUUACAUUGACUUUUCUGGAUGCAAAUUUUAAAAAGAGUUAUUCAAAAUUGAAUAACUGUUACUUAGAUGAUAUACUGUCUUUUCUGGAUGCAAAUUUUAAAAAGAGUUAUUCAAAAUUGAAUAACUUUUACUUAAAUGAUAUACUGUCUUUUCUGGGUGCAAAUUUUAAAAACAUUUAAGUAUCACUUAUACUUACUUAAAAAGCGAGCAAACGAGCGUGGUGUGGACAAUUCAUGAAAAUAAUUCACAAAAGUAUUCAAUAAUUUGUUGUACUUAGUUUCCCCUCAACCUUCACAAUAAUACGCAAUAGAAAGGUAAUUUGUACUUGCUUACAAAAUUGAGGACAGCUUACACUGAUCUGGCCAAAAUAUACAUAUCAUCAAAUGUCGAUUUUUGAACCAAUUCCCUGUUUGAAUCAUGAAAUGCAACUGUAGUCAAAUGGUCGGCCACGAUUUAUCAUAUAUGAAUAUAAUAUUAGUAAGGUUGUCAGUGAACAUUAUAUUACAGUCUGACCGUUUUUGGUGCAGUUGAUAUUCGCUAUCAGACAGCACAAAUAAGGUUAUCGUCGCCUAAAAACUGGCCGCUGUCAACUGCACAUGAGUCGCGUCACUAUACCCGAUUAGAGCUAGAGCCAUGGGCCUAUGUCCUGCCCCAAUGACAUUGUAGCGAAGUGAAUUUUGAUGUACGAAGUGUAUAAUUGGUGUUAUAGAUAAUUUUAAUUAGGAAUAUAUCGUCUUUUGAUUGCCGACGGCUAUGAUGUCACAAAUUUUUAAUUUAUAACGUUUUAAAAUAACUGGUGUACGUACAAUACAUGUUCUUUCUUAAUAGACGUUUUCACGAAAUAGUGUAAUCAGAUACUAUAUAAAAUAUUUAUAGGUAAUGUAAUUGGGAAAGACUCCGGUUUUGGCGAUCUUUGCCGGAAUUCUUGUAUUAUUAUGUCGUAUAUAGUUAAACUGCAGAAUCUUAUAUUCAGGCUAAAUCAAGGGAUCACUAGUAAAUUGUAAGGAGGAAAUGUUAGGAGAGUGCUUUCUGUGGUUCAACUGUAAACGACUUAAUUAUUUCAUUUUAAAGUAGGGUAUCCAAUAGGCUACGUAAUAUUGAUCUUGGCAUAUUAACUGGAUGACCUACAGAAUGGAACCAUACCUGGAUUUGAACUUGUAUGCAUGCUUUCUCGGAAAUUGUUUCAUAUAUACUUGCAGUGUCAUACAAUACAUGUAAUCUAUAGAAAUUACCAUUUAUCUGAAAUAUGUAGGACCUAUGUCCUUAAAUUGGACUUGUGAAUUGCAUGUACAUAUUCAUAAACGUUUAGUAAUAAGACAUUUCAUCACAUGGUUACUAGUAAUAUUAUUAGUAUAAGAAUAAUGUAAUCCACCUACUUAGGCGUACUGGAAACCCUGCUUUAUGUGUUCUUAUGCUAAGCUUUGAGAGGCAAACUAUUUUACUCAUGUGAUAAUUUCAAAUGAAGUUCAAAAUUAUACUAAUGUAGUACUAACUCAAAAAAAGGAAUUAAAUGGAUUUAUUUUCUUGUUAUAUUUUGAUGCAAAAUUUUAAAUGAUGAUGUAAUAUUUAAUUUAAUGUACCAACCGGGAUGUGUCGUACUUAUUAUUUGCGAAAUAAAUGUUUUUUUUUUUUUCAUUUUUUUUUUUUGUUUUCCUCUUCCUUUUUAUUUAAUUUUUGUCACUUUAAUUUAUUUCCUACUUAUUUUACCAUUUCGAGCUUUGCAAAUUGUCAUGCACGGAAUUCAGGAGUAACCAAUUUCGAAUUUACAUUGUUUUGUACCUAAUAUUUAAUCUAUUCUUAAGGAAAGAAGUAUUCCGUAACGACUUGUAGAUACGUUUAAUUAUUCUAUGAAGACUGGCAAUUGAAUUACUUUGAUAUUGAUAUUCAGGACAUUGUAGUUACUGAUCGAAAAGUAGUUAGUAAAUAUAAAUCAACACAAUGUAGGCUCUGUAGUGAAACUCAAAGUACUGUUUAACUUGUGUGUACUAUCUCACUGUGACGAUCGAUGUUUGCUCGGUGUGUCCUUAACCCUUUUGAUGUGAAAUAAAAUCGAUGUGACUGGA